UCUGUUCUACGCAGCUUCACUUCCGGCCCGAUCGACUCCCGCUUCGCUUCAUUUGUUGAUUGGCAACCAACCGGACCAUGUCGGUGUCCUUUUGGCCACUGCUGGCCGCCGCCUUGCUUUCUACGCUGCUCACGUUCGCCGAUGGACAUGUCCGCUUUGUGUGCCCGAAACCUAAGAGCUUGACUUCGGCUCUUUAUCGUCGGCCUCCUGGAAGCAAAGGGGACCGUCAGUGUGAUGGGAAGUCGAAAGCACCACCUGGUGAUGGAACUUACACAUUACUCUCUCCAGGGCCUUACACUUUACGAUUUGAAGAAACUGAAUAUCACAAAAACUCGCCAUUUCGAAUCUCGUUACACCAAUAUGGAGACACCAGCUUCUAUUGCAUCCUGUUGGACCAGAUUCCUCACAACAACGAAGCCUCUACCAUCGGGACAUACUGUGAUACUGAUGGCGGGCUGAUUGGUGGAUGCAAAGGAAGCACCUACUUCAUCACAGUCCACAUUCCGGACAUCGAUUGUGACAACUGCUACCUGCAAGUGACCUUCAUCAACACGGACACAGCCACAGGUGAUACCUGUCGCCUUGACGAUUACCUCUGUACAGCCUACUGCAGCAUGGCCAACGUGAAAAUCAAAGCCACUGAACCUGGCAUCAAGAAUCUGUCUUACUGUGAAAAUUAUGCUGAUAACCUGUAUGGCAAAUGGCCCUUUACUCCAAGGGAGAUAUAUAAGGUGAAUCUACCAGGAUUAGAUCCUGUAACCAUUGUCCAUGAAGUUACGUGGCAGCAGUUAACAUUUCGGACCCAGCUUUUUGAAAAAGGGGUCGUUGAAUACAUGUCAGUCUGCAACGAGACAGACAAUUCAACAACACACCAGCUGCCCCUCAUUCAGCUACCAGUUGAGGCCAACAGCAGCCAUUCGGAACUUGUUAUGAAAUACAUGUUGGGUGAAGAUUUUACUGUGCAAGACCUACAGAUGCUCAAGGCAGGACAGCUUCACCUCCAUGUCACCACAACCGACGGCAAAGACUUCUACCCAAGCAUAACACUCCAGAAGUCAUCUGUGAUACGAGGUCCUGAUAUGCGGAUGGUCGGACAAGCGGUCUUUCAAUUCAGUAGAGAUGGAGAGUGGCAUGGCCUGUUGAUGGUGAGAGGUGUGGCUGCCCCUGUUCAUAGCGUUCAAGUUUUCACCGAGAGCCAGUCUGACCAACCCGAUGAUCCCGUGUUACAUCUCAACAAAUUCCUCAAGCCCCAACCAGACGGUUCCCUUUUCGGGGUCCUUAACAUCACUGGUCAAGACAGCGAGUUCUACCUGAACCUUUGGCUCGGUAAACUCUACGUUGCCGUGGUAACUGACAACAUGUCUGCAGACCAUUCUUUCUACAGAGGGCAGGUAUCAGUUCCAGGGGCCUGGUAUUGCACUUCAAAGGAGUUUGGAUUCUGUCCAGUUACAGUCAUGCAGCACGCCUUCUUCGAGACCUACCACAAGUUCACUGGAUUUACUCCCCAUGGCUUGGCUUCAUUUGUGUUGGACCGUGUCAAUGUUUUCUAUUACAGUAUUCACCUGGAAGGAUUUGAACCCAUGGAGUCUGUCAUAGAGGUCAACAUUCUCAAUGGGGAUCGAACCCUUGUUACUCUGAGUAGUUCAACGCAGAACAUCCAGCCAGGAACCAGAGUGUUUCAUCUAUAUUUGCCAGAUAAGGCAGGCCAGCAAUGUUACAUAUCUCCUUUCCAGGACCUUGAAGGAGGAUCUAUGGUUGGAAAGGCAUUUCUUAAAGGAAGUUCCCGCACAUCCAAAGAAUAA